GGUUCCCUUCGAUCAGACUUGCAUUCUUCCCUUGAGGAGUCUCAUCAAUUCUCGACUUUCUCUUAUCAACCUGGCGAGCGGUGCAUAUCAGCUGAGAUGCGAUACUCUUCGUAUCCCAGCGCGCCUCUGCCACUGUCAUAGUUUUUACACCAUACUAAUACCACACAUAUCCGGCUGGACUCCUCUCGACUCUCGCUUGGCUUUUUACGGACAUACCUUGUACCUCAUCACUCUAAAGAGCUUGAUCUGUACAGCAGAAUGGCGGCUGGAGGGCGGCUGAAGGGGCUGUUGAGCCGGCGCAGGCGCGUUGGAGAAGAAGGGGAGGACGAGGAAGGUCCGAUCAUCGUCGAUGACUCGCAAAGCGAAGGCUCCAUUCUAAGCGAUGCUGAUGAUGACGAUGAAGAGGAUGCAAGCAGUUUCGGCCAGGGUGGAGCAGUGGCAGGUGCGGAGGCAGCGGGUGAAGGAGCGCCAGAGGCGGCUGCUAUGAACGGCGCAAAGGCAUCGAAGAAAGCACGGAAGCCACGGAAAAAGAACAAGAAGGGCAAGGACCAGGCAUCGGAGCCUUCCGUAGAAGCUACACAGCCGCAGAGCAACUUCAAAGCGAUGGCGGAUACGGAGGCGAUGAUGAACGGUUUGCGCAUUGAUGCAGACGCUGAAGCGCAAGUUGCUGUUGAGUUCGAGACCAUGGACCAGGCGCCGGCGGUAGAAGUUAUCCCCAACGGCAAGGCGACUGCAGAGACGCCGGCUCAAAGGCAGCGUCGCGAGCACGAAGAUUACCGUAGAAAGCGCGAUGCCGACCCUGCCUUCAUACCCAAUCGCGGCAACUUCUUCAUGCACGACUCGCGAGGUCACCUUAACGGACAACCGCCGCAGCCCAUGAGAGGCGCCUUCGCUGGUCGCGGUCGUGGACGUGGAGGCGCUGUUGGCGGUCCAUUCUCACCUGCCAAUCAGUUCGCGCAGAACGAACGGGCUGCCGAACAGCCUUGGAAACACGAUCUCCACGAUACGAUCAACGAAGAGCCAGCUCCAUCAGCGACGGCCAAGCCAACCGACUCACCACAGCAGCAAACUCAUCAUGACUCGCUGCGUCUCUUCCAGAAACCGAAGGCUGUAGUGUCGCAGCAGCAGCCUCGGAUAGUCAAUUUCUCGAGCACUACCCUAGUAGGGAAGGUGCAGAUUAGACUGUACCUGCCAGGCAUGAAAGCGUCAAUCUCAUUUGCCGAGGUGCCUUGGAAUCAGUAUAUCCGGCUGCCGAACCAUAGACCACCGCUCCGCAGAGACAAGCCAGUCCGUGUCUCGCUGCCCGAACGUCCGCCGCACUACAUAUUCCCAGCUCCUGACCGGUCGUUCAUCUUCAUUCCCAGGCAGCAGAGACCGAACCAACAAGGACCGCACCACAGCUCGUACCAACGUAGCGUCGGCGGCUACGGAUACUCAAGCCGUCGUACAAGCAUGUACGGAGGGAGUGUAUACGCUUCGAGUGUGGCCGCCAGCCGGAGGUCUUCAGUUGCAGGCAUAUCACGAGCCGAUGCGUUCUCGCCAACAUCCUUCGCAAGCGGCAUGCCGCCACCUAACAGACCGGUCAUCAGACUUCCGCAUGGUGGGCAGUCGUACUCUGCUGUGCACACGCCGUCAGGUCCACUGUCAGGGCAACACACACCGAUUGGCAUGCCGCAAAUACAUACGUACCCUCUGCCACAGCAGCCCACCUUUCAGGGCACGCCCACCAGUACCGUACAUCAACCGCGGCCGCAAAAGGCAAUAUCGGUCAACGAUAUCGAAUCGCCUGCCUUGCUUGGACAGGUGCCUUCGAACGAGCAGCAGCCAUUUCAGAACCAGCUGCCGCCGCAUAUGGCAGAGCUGCCGGGCUCCUACGGGCAGCAAGCGCCUCAGUACUAUUCGCCGAGACAGCAGUACGCGUACCCUCCGCAACAGACGGGUACGCCGCUUUCUGGCAUUCCAGAGCAAGCUGUACAUGCAUCCGCCUACCAGCCACAAAUGCCAUACGGCCAGUCACCUUAUCACCCGCCGUAUCCGCCACCGCAACAGCAAGGCUACUACUACCCGCCAGCAAACCAAAACGGCUACGGUGGUAUGCCGAUGUACAUGCCGCCUCCGCAAGGCUAUCCCAUGAUGCCUCCUCCGCAACCGAUGCAGGAACUGCCGCCUCAGCAAUACCCCCCAUCACAACAGCCUCCCCCGCCUCAGCCGGCAAUGGGCGGUGAGCAAGACCAGCCUCAACCACCCAUGGACCAAGGACAGCAGGCUGCGGCAAUUGGUCAGUCCAAUAUGGUGGCACACGAAAGUAACGGCAUGGUGUUUUAUAUUUCUCGCUCCGACAUCCCACAAGACCAGGAUGCGGGUACUCAGCCGCAGUAUCAACCUGCAGAGAGCUUCGUGCCGUCGUAUGCUAUGCCAGGACUACCACCGCCUACGCCGGCGCCGGAAAGCACGGCGUACUACUAUCCGUCUCAUCCGCAGAUGGCGGGUAUGCCGGGAAUGUACUACCAACAACAAGGCUAGAGGUGCACGUCGGAUUAAGCACUCCGUUGGUGACUGAGGAGCACAGUCGAAAUCGUUUUUUCCAUUUGUCAUAUGUGGCAGUAUUUUGUUAUGCUGGGAGCGUGUGGAUCUGACAGUCACUUCAAGCAAGCAUGGCGUUUUGGGGGAGUGGCAUCUCGAGAAUACGGUCCUUGGCCAUCGGUCUGACUCUAGCAUGGUGAUGGACUGUGGGAUUGAACAAGCAACGGCGUCGGGAAGGCCACGGCUUUAUUGAGAAGGCGGAGGCUCACUGCUUACGUCUCAAAUUGUUCUUGCGUUCACACGGUGCUGAUGUUCUAGGUUGUGUUGCAUCUAUACCCCGGGAAGGCUACAUACUUGGGAACGAGAUUGACCAUAUGACAUACCACCUUUACCAUCAAUGCCCGCCGUCAUCCUAGCUCUUUUGCCUGCCG